AUGAACCCCUCGGCGGUUCGAGCUGAUCCGUCCACAUCCAGCACAAAGGAUCAGCUGGAUCCUGAUGAUCAAGAGAGGCUGAAACAGCAGCAGCAGCAGCAGCUUGAGUGCAGAGAGAAUGUGACUGGGAUCAGUUACCGGCAGGACUUCACACCCAAAGUGCUGACUGAGUCUGCAAACAUUUCAUACAGGUUCAGCUGUCCUGGUCCAGGUGUGUUCAGGUGUACUUUGACUGGACUGGUGUUUGGUACGGUUCAGGAGGCGGAGCUACAGUACAGGACUGUCCAAUGGGACGAAAGACUUCUACAACCAGCUGGCAAGACGGCUGCAGGUCCGCUGUUCAACAUCCACAGUCCUGACGGUGCUGUCAGUCAGCUCCACCUGCCACACUGUGAAAUCAUGGAUGCUCCGCUCCCUGAAGGUCUGCUGUCUGUCGUCCACAUCACUGAUGAUGGAAUGAGCAUCCUGGAGCCGCUGGAGAUUACAGACACUCAUGUGGUUGUGAACGUCCCUCACUUCUCUCUCCUGGGCCUCGUCCGGGGCGUUGUUCAGAGGUUUAAGAACAUCAUACGACCAAUCAGGGGCCAGGUUCUGCUGUUCCUCCGACCUCCGCGUGGUGAUAAACGAAUACUUGACGUAUUACUGCUGCAGAGCAACAUUCCUCUGAGUGAGGUUGCCGCCCAACAAGAACCAGCUGAGUACAUUAAGAUCUCCUCCAAAUGUCGUCUCAGCGUUCGUCAAAGCUACAGCGUUCACUGUGAACCUGAAGCCUACAGAAUCCAGCCUAAGCUCAUCAUCCUUCAGCGAAACGCUGGAGCUGCAGACUCAUUAGAGGAAUGUGGUUUCCCUGUCUAG